AUGACACAAAGAAAUCUUACGGGUGUCGACAUCCAUAUCAUAACUCCAAUAGUUUGUUUAGUCUGCAUAUUUUAUACGAGCGCCGGUGGUCUGCAAGCGGUAGUAUGGACUGACGUUAUACAAAUAACUGUGAUGUUUGGGGCAAUGGUAUUGGUUGCGAUUAAAGGCACGUUGGAUGUUGGUGGUGUGGGUGUCGUAUUGCAGCGUAAUUUGGACAGCGAGCGGAUCGAAUAUCCAAAUUGGGAUCCUAAUCCGACAGCAAGGCACACAAUAUGGAGUCUCCUGAUAGGUGGUCUGGUUUAUUGGUUGCAAGCAAAUUCUGUCAACCAGACAAUGGUGCAACGUUACUUAGCACUCCCCACACUACGAGGAGCCAAAUGGUCCGUAUUUUUGUUUUGUAUCGGUAUAUCUGUUCUGUACUGCUUAUGUAUCUAUUGUGGACUACUUAUAUAUGCUCGUUUUCAUGACUGUGACCCACUGCAAACUAAGUUAGCGAAAGCCAAGGAUCAAUUGUUACCUUUGCUAGUGAUGGAUGUUCUUGGUAAUAUACCGGGAUUACCCGGUAUAUUUGUAGCUGGUAUAUUUAGUGCAGCUUUGAGUUCUUUAUCGACAAGUUUGAAUUCGAUGUCGGCAGUCGUGUUAGAAGACUUCUACAAGCCAUUUUUUAAGAGGCAACUAUCAGAAAAGCAAAUUAAUUGGUUGCUAAAAGGGGUAGUUGUACUUUUGGGUUGCGCUUGUUUAGGUUUGGUUUUUAUCGUUGAGAAGUUGGGAACAAUUUUGCAACUUACUAUGACUUUAGAAGCAAUGACGAUGGGUCCUCAACUCGGAGUGUUCACAAUGGGCAUUUUAAUGCCUUGGGUAGAUGCAACGGGGGCUUUAGUUGGCGGUGUUUGUGGACUAAUAACGAUGGCUUGGUGGUGCUUGUCCGCACAACUAGCCAUCGCACGAGGUCAAAUCGUGCAUCCUCACAAACAUCUCACUACGGAUGGUUGUCUAUAUAAUUUCACUAUUGCGGAUCCUGUAACCCAGUCACCUGAAACAAUUGUUAAGGUGAAUCCAGUACUUCAUGUAUCAUACAUGUGGUACACUCUGUCCGGCGCAGUAGUUGCCAUGUGCAUAGGUUUGAUUGUGUCACAAGUAAACCGAAUGCGGGGUAAAGUCCAUGUCCUACCAUCGCCAAAACUUCUCGCGCCACUGUUGAGAGGGUUGUAUCGAGAACCACCACAUCCUAGCGAUGAGCCUUACAUCAGUGCUUUUGAUAGCAAGAAGGAACGUAACAAUAUUAAAAAUCCUACCUCAAUAGAUAUGAAGCCUAUAAAUGAGAUUGAAGAAAUUGGAUAA